AUGCGGAAAUUGCCAACACACAUCAACCAUCACGAUACCAGCAGAAAUUCACUGAUCCCGGCGCAUGUUCACUUAUUCAAGCCCAUUAGUAUGGAAGAACAGGAUGCCACUGUGGUAAGUCUACCAUCCGUUAGCACAACACAAAUUAACUGGGUUAAGUCAGAGGCGAAUUAUACACGAGCAAAAUAUGCAGCGCCAUGGAUUAUCCGACUAUGCAAAGGAUUGUGGAGAGAAUUACAACCGUACAAACAUGAACAUGUCUCCAGCGCAGUUCACUACACCAGCGGUUCUCAACUGAUAAACGAAUUAAUUCGGUUAAGUGGUAAAUCCGAUAGAUUACUAGCAUCCGGGGUUUGGCAAUUGUUAUUAGAAGAAUCGGCAAUUGAACCUUGCGAUCACCAGGGAAAAUCAAUUUCAGCAGCGGAUGCGAAGGUGGAGGAAUUCGUUGAUGAUUCAUCUCGAUAUUAUCGUUGCUGCUGCCCACCGUAUCACAUGACAAGUUUAGAUGAGGAGCUGCAGCAACUCAACCAACAUCCGUUGUCAACUUGCCUCAUAGCAACUGGGAAGCAUCGAAUUGAUACCCUUCGUAAAUACGCUUCCGCUAGUGUUCAUACGGAUAGUGUUGAGAAUGAUGAAAACAGUGUUGAUAGAUUUAGUCUUCUGUUAGACAGGGUAUAUGAAUUGGCAUCCGACGCUGUUUUUCGCCGCAUUUUACUAAAGCCAUGCAACCAAAGGACACAAACUGAAUUGGAAUUUGUGUUUAGCGAAUUGUCCACAAGUCCUUCUCUUGGACAACUAUCUAUUUCAGUAAGAAAGGAACUUAGCAAGUGCAUAAACUAUGAAGUUCACCGUGAAGCCGGCGCACUGAUAUUUCGCCAAGGUGACCCAGGCGAUUCGUGGUACAUCAUUCACCGUGGAAGCGUGUGGGUCCAUGUUGAUGGUCAGGGCUAUGUCUGUCGGCUAUCGGAAGGUGACGAUUUUGGCAAACUCGCGAUUGUGACUGGUUCUGAAAGGGCUGCAAGCAUAAUACUGGCUGAAAACAAUUGUCAUUUUCUCCGAGUUGACAAAAAUGAUUUUACUCGCAUUUUAACCGACGUAGAAGAAAGUAGGGUGCGGUUGCGUGAAGGUGAAUCUGACGUUCUCAUUUUGGAGCGUUGUGCAGGUGUUUUGCCUGCAAAUGAUAAAAAUAAAGUUAUCGUAGACGUUGAAUCUAAGGAUGCGUGCAAGUCAAUUUUAUCCUCGUUCAAUUAUUUUAUAGUGGCUGGCACUGUGGCAAAAAUUCUGCACCAUACCAUGGAAGUCCAUAUUAAGGAGCAUCAUAUCAGCGUUGCGCUAAGUGGAGCAAAUGCAAUCUUGUUUUCCUUCUGCCCCACUUUGCUAGAUGAGAUGGACACAACCAUUGAAGAGGUGCUACUAACUAUACCCCUUUUUACCAAUUGUCCAGCUGUUUUUUCUGGUCUCAUUUCCUACGUACGUCUUGGAUGUUUUUCCACAGAUCCAACUGACGUUGAUGCAAUGAAGAAAGAACAAAUUAACGUAACACACGCAAACCGCGUUAUAGCAUUUUUGUACUUGUGGUGUCGAUCGUACGGAAUUUCACACUUUUCUUCUUUACCGGAGAUUGAAGAGUUUUUGUGUCAACUCAGAUCUACCAUUUUGUGCCACGAGUGUGCGCUUCCAUCUCAGCUGGAAGCAAUUGACAGAUUGAUUAAUAUUUGUUCUUCAGUAUGGACGUCUAGAUUAGCGAGAGAAAGUGAUCAUACACUUCCACUUGCUGAGCUGCUUCCUGCCCAGCUUCUUCUUGGUGAACGAAUACGAUCAUUGCCUAAGGCGAAUCCGAUACGUGUGUUUCCUGGAACCAAAGCUUUGUUCACGCGCAGUCGUAGCUCUGAGCAACAACCUUCAAGGGUGCCACGGUAUCCCCUCCAGCUUCCAGCACAUUUCAAACCCUUAAUUCACAUGCCAUACUAUUUCGCUCGGUUUCACAUAGAGCCACGUGCAAUGCCACUGACAGCAUCCCACACUAUCACUUUUACAAUAUACUCCAACAGAAGCUGCAGACCGGUCAGUUUAUGUCUACCUGUGGGUUGCUCCGUGGCAGAAGUCAAGCGAGAGUUGUUACCAAGUAUAGCAUCUGAUGCAAACCUGCAGAAGUAUCAUCUUGUUGAACAAAUGUCCAACGGCGAACAUCUUCAAUUCGAUGAACUUGAGCACUGUGUUCCUCUUGGAAUAUCUCCAAACAGUCGUCUGUUUUUGAUCUCUGAGGAAGAGAUUUCUAGUUUCUCUCCAUUACCGAUGCAAUUAAACGACGCGGCCGCAGUUUUAAUAAAACAAGACUCCAUCCAGCAAAUUGAUGAAUUACAUCUCCAACAGCACCAAUCCAUUUCUCCCGUGCUACAACUCGAAAUUCCGACAGCACAGCAAUUCCAUUUGUUAGAUGAGUUGAACGUUGAAGCAUUAGCAACUUUAUUGACUCAUGCAGCUUUACAACUGGCUGUUUGCAUAGGACCUAGGGAGCUGAUUGCAUACACGGUGGGUACUCAUAAAUCUGCACAAAUCACAGCUCAUGUGAAGCUGUUAAUAACGCAUUUUAGCUUGAUUUACGCUUGGACAGUUACUCAGGUGGUAACUACGUCGCAGCUCCAAAAACGAGUGCAAACUGUAAAGAAACUGAUCAAACUGGCCGAUCGACUACUUGCCCCACCUCUUUGUGAUCAGCAUACCUGUUUCGCAGUUGUGCUUGGUCUACAAAGCUCUCCGGUGGCUAGACUUAGUCACACUUGGCAACGGGUUCCAGUCCGCUGGCGACAAAUGUUUAACAACCGACUACUUCCUUUGGUUGAUCCUUCUAGGAACCAUCGUGCUGCCAGACAAUGGUUAACCGCAAGCGCAAAUUACUGCUUACCUUUCCUAGCGUUGUUAUUGAAGGAUAUGAGAUUUGCGUAUGAUGCGAACUCUGAUGUGUAUAAAUGCGAAUCUUCAUCCACACCACUAGUUAACUUUGAGAAAUUACGUUUACUUGCACAAUGUCUUCGAGUUUGGAACAGGGCAAUUUCUGGGUACGAGUUACUACACCCACACUACAGCAAAUCCGGCGUACAGGACCCAAGAGCUGAAGCACAAUCCGAAGCGAGUUCAUUGAUACAAAUGUUAAAAGAUGCCCCUGUAGUAGACUCAAGUGUAUUCAACAGCAGUUUGGCAUGUAUCGACGAUGUGCGCUUAUUAACCCAAUUGUCGUUGUGUCUUGAGGCAAAAAAGGAGUGA